UGAUCUGCCUGGGCCCGCCUAUGAACCAGGCCUGUUGUCACCAUCACAGCCUUUGUUCAAACGAUGACGAUGCCGGCGAAUUCCAUAACGUGUGGUUGUGGAUUAGAAGGCGGUUAAAAAUGGCGGCCGAUCGUGGCGGAAUCGAACGAGCUCGGCCUAGCUGAGCAUUGAUGGCCACGAUUACCUCUCUGUCCCAACGAAGAAUCUAUAAACGAUGCAGAGAUCUCUCUCCAGACUCUCCCCACUCUGCUUCGCGUUUACCGUCGUCCUCGCCACGAAUAAUCUCUCUCGUCUUCCCCGAAAUCGCUCCGCCGCUCUCUCUCUCGCUCGAAGAGUACCUCUCCCAUUUGGAAUUAAAGCUCGACCCAGAGCGGCUACCCGGAGUGCGGCCAUCGGAUCGAUGUCGGGGUCGGUUGAUUCCGCUUCUCCGGCCGCCGCGGAGGCUGUUGCGAUCGAGAACGAAGCCAAAUUGCUGAGUUCUGUGGAGGACCAUUACGGAGGCGUCAUUGCGGAAAUAAAGGAGGCUAUGGACUCCGCAACCUUCGUCUCCGUGCUCAGAGCUUCGAUUUCGCACUGGAGAGAGCAGGGCAAGAUGGGUGUGUGGAUCAAAUUACCUAUUGAACUCGUGAAUCUCGUAGAAGCUGCUGUCGCGGAAGGAUUUUGGUAUCACCAUGCAGAGCCGAAGUAUCUAAUGCUUGUGUAUUGGAUUCCACAAAGUGCUCAUACCAUUCCAGCAAAUGCGACGCAUAGAGUAGGUGUUGGUGUAGUUGUCAUGAAUAAGAAGGACGAGGUGCUUGUUGUUCAAGAGAAGACUGGAAUAUUUAGAGGGACUGGUGUUUGGAAGUUCCCGACAGGUGUUGUUGAUGAGGGAGAAGACAUAUGUGCAGCUGCAGUAAGAGAAGUUAAAGAAGAGACUGGAAUUGAUGCUGAAUUCGUGGAAGUUUUAGGAUUUAGGCAAAGUCAUCAGUCAUUCUUUCAGAAGUCGGACUUAUUUUUUGUCUGCUUGGUGCGACCUAUAUCCUUUGAUAUCCAGACGCAGGAUGUGGAGAUAGAGGUUGCUAAGUGGAUGCCGUUCGAAGAAUAUGCAGCGCAGCCAUUCUGCCAAAAAAACGAGCUUGUCAAGUACAUUAUAGAGAUGUGCACAGCGAAGAAGAACGGGAAAUAUACUGGAUUCACACCAGUACCAACAACAACGAGCUUCUCCGACCAAAAGAGCUACUUGUACUUGGAAGCCAUCUCGGGAGCAGGCAGUAAGUAGUAGCAUUUGAUACCUCAAAAAGAUUUUUUUUUUUUUUACUCAUAGGCGCAAUUCAAUGUCGGAAUGGGUGGCACUUACUAUGACUUGAUUCAUUCUAUUGAAACUGCUCUGUUUUAUGAGCAGAGAGACUCUGUAACUGCGUUUCGUACGGGAAUAAUAUGUAGAAUAUAACAGUGUCUCUUGUUAGGAUGAAGCCCUUGAUGGAUAAAAUUUGUUAUUUGAAGA